UCAUUAUCGAUGAUGAUGGAGUCUUUAUCGGCUCCUUCUCAGAAUGACGAUAGACAAGCUUAUAUAGAAAGAAGGAAGUUGAAAAGGCUUGAAGCCAGAAAGAGAAGAAAGGAGGUCAAGAGAAGUAGAUCUCCUAGAAAUAGUUUAAUGAAUUCCGUUACACCCUCUGAGGCUCCCACAACUCAGUCAGGAACAGAGAAUAAUAGACGUUGGAGUAAGAAAGACUUGCGAGAAAGGGUAUUGACAGAGUCAAACUUUAAGAUAUGUUUUGACUUAUGUGGUGGAGAAGCUUCUUGGGACAAAGUUCAAACCGAUAGAGAAAUUGUCUCCUUGGUAAAGCAACUGGAGCAUUGUUGUUCGCUAAAUAAAAAGGCCAUCUUGAACCAAGAGAAGCCAGUUUCUAUGCAUAUUGUUGGUAUGGGCGAAAGAGUGAAAAGGCAGCUCGAAACUUCGUGUCCGAUGUGGACAAAAUGGCCUGUAACUUGGAAAGGUGAAGACUUUUUGUAUAACCAUCUAAAGGACAUUAUCUACCUUUCUUAUGACUCUGCUGAACUUCUGGGUAUGCAAGAAUGGGAAGGACGUUACAACGAGUGCGAUCUUGACCCUAGCAAAGUUUAUGUUAUUGGAGGACUGGUCGACAGAAAUCGUCUCAAGGGAGCUGCGCAACAAAGGGCAACUUAUUUAGUUGCAACAUGGAACUCCUAUACUUUCUGUAUUAUGUGUUUUCCAAAUUUUACUUUUGAAGUACAACAGUUACUCUUGGAAGGAAACCUUUCUAAAAGCUAUUCCUGAACGUAAAGGACUUGAAACUAGGGAAGAAAACAAGCCUG